CCCGCCCCGCCCCGCGGACAGCCAUGGCCCUGCGGCGACCGCUGGGCUGCGCGGUCCGGCGCUUCUCUGCGGUGCCCGGCAAGGAAUGGCUGACAGAGGACUUCCUCAGUUCCCUGAGAGCGGUUGUGGGGAGCCCCAAUGUGUCCACAGCCACCGUUGUCUGUGAGCAACAUGGGCGGGAUGAGUCAAUGCACAGGAGCUGCCCGCCAGAUGCCGUGGUGUGGCCCCAGAGCAUGGAGCAGGUCAGCUUGCUGGCAGCGAUGUGCUACAGCCGAGGGGUCCCUGUCAUCCCCUUCGGAACGGGCACAGGGCUGGAAGGGGGGGUCACGGCCGUGCAGGGUGGUGUGUGCUUCAACCUGACGAAAAUGGACCAAAUUUCUGAGCUGAACCCCGAAGAUUUCACCGUUGCUGUAGAGCCAGGAGUGACCCACAAGGCGCUGAACAGAUUCUUGCGAGGGAGUGGGCUCUGGUUCCCUGUUGACCCUGGGGCCGACGCCUCGCUCUGUGGCAUGGUGGCCACUGCAGCCUCUGGGACGAACGCGGUGCGUUACGGCACCAUGCGCCAGAAUGUCCUCAACUUACAGGUGGUCCUGCCUGAUGGGAGAGUGCUACACACAGCCGGGCAGAGCCGCUGGCCCAGGAAGAGUGCCGCUGGAUACCACCUAACGGGGCUGUUUGUGGGCUCGGAAGGGACCCUGGGGCUCAUCACCCAGGCCACGCUGAGGCUGCAUGGCAUUCCUGAGGCCACCGUGGCGGCCGUCUGUGCCUUCCCCAACGUGCAAGCGGCCGUGGACAGCACCGUGCAGGUCCUCCAAGCCGGGCUCCCCAUUGCCCGCAUUGAGUUCCUGGAUGAGGUUAUGGUAGGUGCCUGUAACCGCUACAGUGGCCUCAGCUAUGCAGAACUGCCCACCCUCUUCCUGGAGUUUCACGGCAGUCAGCAGAGCGUGGAGGAGCAGGUACGAGCCACAGAGGAGAUUGUGCGGUCAAAUGGCGGUUCGGACUUUGCGUGGGCCCGGGAACCGGAGGCCCGCGGACAGCUAUGGACGGCUCGGCACAAUGCUUGGUAUGCAGCUUUGGCUCUUCGCCCUGGCAAAAAGGGCUACUCCACAGACGUGUGUGUCCCUCUCUCGCGCCUCCCUGAGGUCCUGCUAGAAACCAAGGAAGACCUACUGGACUCCAAGCUCACAGGUCCUCUUGUUGGCCACGUUGGGGAUGGCAACUUUCACUGCCUGCUGAUUCUUGAUCCUGAAGAUGUUGAAGAAAAGAAGAGAGUGGCUGAGUUUGCCAAACGUCUGGGCAGGCGAGCCUUGGCAGCGGGUGGCACCUGCACGGGAGAGCAUGGCAUCGGCCUGGGCAAACGUCAGCUGUUGCGCGAGGAAGUCGGCGAAGUGGCACUUUCCACCAUGCGGCAGAUCAAGAUGGCCCUGGACCCCAAAAACCUCAUGAACCCUGGAAAGGUGUUAUAACCCUGGGAGAAGCACCCACUUUUGCUUUCUGAGGGGUCUGGAAUGAUGCGUCUUCUCUCUCCUCUCAUCUCCAGCAGUGUCAGAAAUGCAGCUGUUAACAAAAGCCAGCUGUUGUGGUGGUUCUCCAGAGAUGCCAUGCCUACAGCAAAGAACUCAGCCUCGUCUGCUGACUAGGUUCUGUAUCAUGCUAAACUACAGUAUGGUUUAACUCGAGCCUGAUGAAUAAACCACAGUUGGUUGGGUUCACAGGACAUGUUAACUCAAAGCCAAAUAAAUAACACAAUGGCUUAGCAAAACUGAAAACUCUAUGAACCUGUGUUUCCCAACCACAUCAACUUUUUAAGAUGUGUGUACUUCAAUUCCCAGUAUUCUCCAGCCAGCAUGCUGGCUAGGGAGUUCUGGGAAUUGAAGUCCACACGCCUUAAAGCUGCUGAGAUUGAGAAACACUGCUUGGCUGGCUGGGGAAUUCUGGGAGUUGAAGUCCACACAUCUUACAGUUGACAAGGUUAGGAAACCCCGGUGUAAGCACUACAGCCAUUUGCCAGCUUCCUUUGGAUCUUUACCACACUUGAAAGGGUAACCUAGCAUUGGUGGUCAUGCCCCUGAUGAGAAGAGUAAGCAUCCAGGACUUGGCAAUCAAUUGUGUGAAUUUAUAUUAAAAUAUAUACUUAAAAUUAGUGCUGUGCAUUUGUGUGGGGAGAGCUGAAGCUGUGUUUAUUCAGAUGAUGUAGCAACGCCGAGGUGUUGGCACUUUGAAGCAGGCGGCCCUGUCGGUGGAGGUAAGUUAAUGCCACAUUGUCUAACCUGGGGAUUUCAAUUCCCAGAAUUCCUCAGCCAGCAUGGUCAUUACUGAGAAUUCUGGGAAUUGAAGUUCACACACUGGGAGUUGCCAAAGUUUGGAAACAGUGCUCCAGAGGCAUCAGCUGGAUCCAGUGUGUUAUGCCAUUACCACAUAAGUUCCACCCCUUUUGUAUGUGCGCGAGAUGUCGCAGCACACAUACAAAAGGUGUGGAAUGGCAGGAUGCUCUCUUUGUCAUUACCUCGCCCCCCCACCCCCUUCCCUGGAUGCUUCAGAACUGAUCUGAUGUAUUUCAUUUAAACUGGAGGGUGCAAAGCAUUCAUUUUAAGAACCUUUAAUGUCUCUUUUUAUUACCUCCCUUGCUAACAUUGCCUUGGGAAAAAAUCUGGCUUACAACAGAGUUUGGCAGCUACAUGCCAAGAGUUUAUGUUGUGCGUGCCUGGAAGUAAAAUCCCAUGCUUUUUCCAGCUUUCUAGUUUAUUUUCUCAAUUUGGAUUCCCUCUUAUCUCUUGGGAUCUUUCUCUCUUUUUUUUGGCUUUGGCAAGUCUCCAGUGAAUUGAAGCAGGAUGUGCUUCUAUAGUCUAGAUUUCUCCUACUGGAUUGAUUCCACAUACAGAAUCUUUGAUGAUCCUGCUAUUAAGGCAGAUGGGAUUAUACCAGGCAACCCUAGGCUAGAGCUAGACUUGCACCCAUUGCUGCUGUAACUUUGAGUACAUCCAUCUUGCUGCUGGUUGUCCUCUUGAGAACUCUGGGUUGGUUGGUUCAGUGAUCCGUUUGUCUGCUUUCUUGGCUGUCCGUGAUAUUCUCGGGAGUCUUCCCCAACACCAAAAGCGUC